AUGGACUAUGAUGGUAGAAACCCAAGUGGUCUUGCGAAAAUCUUGAGAAGGUCUUGUGUUUUUAAUAUGGAUUCAAGCAGCAGCAGUGAAGAAUACACGCCUCAAUUGAUGAGAAAAGCAAGCUGCGUAGUGAUUGACUCGGACUCUGACAGUCUCAGUCUCCAUGAGGAAAAGAAUACUAAGAUCUGUGAAAUAAGCAGUGGAGGUGAGUCUUCUGACACUGAUCAUCCCAGAGGUCAGAAGCUUCCACUAGUUGUUAUUGAUGAUGAGGAUGGCAACCCCGGUUCGAGGGAUUCUGAGCAGAAAAGUGAUGAGUGCCAAAUGCCAGUGCUUGAGAAAGAGGUGGUUGAAUGUAUUGAUUCUGCUCCCGAUUCACCUCAUGAUGUUUGUGAAAUAUGGGAUCUUUGUGGGAGUUCCAACCAAACAUCAAGUGAUCCUGACCUGGAAGGGGAGCUAGGGUGUGAGGGGGAGCCUGAGUCCAAGGGGGAACCUGAAUCUGAGCCCAAGGGGGAGCCUGAGUCUGCUAAGGGGGAGCCGGAGCCUGAGUCUGCCAAGGGGGAGCCCGAGCCUGAGUCUGCCAAGGGGGAGCCCGAGCCUGAGUCUUCCAUGGGGGAGCCCGAGCCUGAGUCUGCCAAGGGGGAGCCCGAGCCUGAGUCUGCCAAGGGGGAACCCGAGCCUGAGUCUGCCAAGGGGGAACCCGAGCCUGAGUCUGCCAUGGGGGAGCCCGAGCCUGAGUCUGCCAUGGGGGAGCCCGAGCCUGAGUCUGCCGAGGGGGAGCCCGAGCCUGAGUUUGCCGAGGGGGAGCCUGAGCCUGAGUUUGCCGAGGGGGAGCCUGAGCCUGAGUCUGCCGAGGGGGAGCCCGAGCCUGAGUUUGCCGAGGGGGAGCCUGAGCCUGAGGCUGCCAAGGGGGAGCCUGAGCAAGAAAUUACAGCUGAAGAAGCCAAGGAGAAAAGGGCUGCAUACCUGCUGGCACAACAAAGGAAAAGAAAGAGAAAGAACAGAUUUAUUUGUAUGUCAUCUAGUAAGCCACGUAGGAAACGUCAUAGGGCUGACCCACAGGAUGUGCCCAGCCUGCCAAGUGCACCUGAAAAGUCUACUUCUGAUAAGCCCAUUCCAUCAGCCCAGCCUGUUAAUCCCCCCAAAGGCAGGGCUUUAAGGAAAGGGAGAGGCAAAGGGGCAAAGGCACGCAAGUAAAAAAAAAGAUCUUUGCAAAUGUGGUUGGGGAGCUCCAAUGUCAAUUUUUAUUAUGCUCCCAUAUAUUAGCAUUUACUGUUCAGUCCUCCUGGGGUUCCCCCCCGCCCCCAAUACCCUGUCCAGAGGAUAUACUGAGUC